GUGAUACCCUCCACACCUCUCCUCCGCAUACUGCCCACUGUGAUACCCUCCACACCCCUCUCCUGUACGUACCGAUCACGGUCAUACCCUCCACACUCCUCUCCUGUACAUACCGAUCACUGUCAUACCCUCCACACUCCUCUCCUGUACAUACCGACCGAUCACUGUCAUAGCUCCCCACUCCUCUCCUGUACGUACCGAUCACUGUCAUACCCUCCACACUCCUCUCCUGUACAUACCGAUCACUGUCACACCUCCACACUCCUCUCCUGUACAUACCGAUCACUGUCACACCUCCACACUCCUCUCCUGUACAUACCGAUCACUGUCACACCUCCACACUCCUCUCCUGUACAUACCGAUCACUGUCACACCUCCACACUCCUCUCCUGUACAUACCGAUCACUGUCAUACCCUCCACACUCCUCUCCUGUACAUACCGAUCACUGUCACACCUCCACACUCCUCUCCUGUACAUACCGAUCACUGUCACACCCUCCACACUCCUCUCCUGUACAUACCGAUCACUGUCAUACCCUCCACACUCCUCUCCUGUACAUACCGAUCACUGUCACACCCUCCACACUCCUCUCCUGUACAUACCGAUCACUGUCAUACCCUCCACACUCCUCUCCUGUACAUACCGAUCACUGUCAUACCUCCCACACUCCUCUCCUGUACAUACCGAUCACUGUCAUACCUCCCACACUCCUCUCCUGUACAUACCGAUCACUGUCAUACCUCCCACACUCCUCUCCUGUACAUACCGAUCACUGUCAUACCUCCCACACUCCUCUCCUGUACAUA